AUGUCAUCAUCACAUAGACGGUCAAGUAAUUAUGAUUCGUCACGUAAAAGAGAUAGGUUAAAGGAUAGUUAUGACGAUGAGCAAGAUGAAAUUUAUGAUUCACUAACUACGAAAAAACAAAAACAUGGAAAUUUAAAACCUCAAGAUUCCUCUGAAGAAGAAUCUGAUGAUGAAGAUGACAGUGAAGGUGAAUGGGUUAUCAAAAUGGACAGUGGUAAUUAUAAUUCAAGUUCCAAAUCAGCAUCAGCAGAGUCUGCCAUUAAAGAACCCUCUGUGACUUCUAAAAUUAUAGACAUGUCAGAACUCAAUAAGCUUAAAUCGAAUGUUUUACGUGCUAAGCUUAAAGGUGCCAGCAAAGAAGAAAUUGAAAAACUAGAAAAAGAAUAUGAAGAUGCAGCUGCUGGUAGCUCUGUAAGCCAAAAGUCUAGCUCAUCAGAUACUCUCAAAGUUUUGGAUUCAGAAGAAUUGCGUGCUUAUCAUGAACUCAACAAACACACCAAGGGCAAAACCCUAUCUGCUGAUGCUAGCAUCACAGACAUGAUGCGAGAAGAACUUGCUGAGCGUAAUGCACCAGUUCUGAGCUCUGCCAAACGGAUUGAAGAACUAAAACGGAUUGGGAAAGAUUCUGGGUUUGAAAACGAUACUGAUUACCAAUUUGAUAAUGCAGAACUGCUUACAGAUCCAUCAGGAGCUGAUUCUAAGACCAAGUUAACAGAAAAACAAAAACAAAAGGAAUCCCUGCGGCAACAAGAAGUUGCCAAAAAAAUAAACACUCGUGUCUUAGAGCAUACCAAAUUACUUAAUGAUAUCACAUCUCGAAGAUGUUUUCUUUGUCCUGAAAGUGAGCGUCAUGAAAAGUACUUGAACCCACCCAUAAAUGAUCAAAGCAGUCAUUCGCGACGACACAGUCAUGUAAACAAAAUCAUAUCAGCUUCACCUCGUGUGUAUAUGGCUCGUGCGCCUCUUCCUGCUCUAUCACGAGGUACAUGUGUUUUAGUCCCCCGCGCACAUUAUCCUAAUCUAUUACACUGUGAUGAAGACGAAUGGGAAGAACUGCGCAAUUAUAUGAAAUGUUUAAUUCGUAUGUGGGUUCAUGGACGAGGAUAUGCAGGCGUAGCUUUUUAUGAGAAUGCUGUUUCUGCAGGAUUGAGUGCACAUGAGGAUGCCAAUGCAUCUCAAGGUGCUAGAGAUUCUGCACAUGCUAUGCUUUAUGCUGUACCUAUAAAAGAUCCUUACGAUUUUAAAGACUUGCGGGCCAUGUUUCGAGAGGCAAUGAUUACCAGUGACGAAGAAUGGAGUACACAUAGAAAGGUAAUUGAUACUCAAGCUGUAGCCACCAGAGCUACUGAAUCUGGUAAUGGCUCAGGAGCAAAGUAUGCAUUCCGUCAAUCAAUUUCUAAAGAAGCUCCAUAUUUCCAUGUUUGGUUUGAUAUUAAUGGUGGACUUGGACACAUUGUAGAGGAUCGCGGUAAGUGGCCUCGAGGCGAUUUAUUUGCUCGUGAGAUAUUGGGUAACAUUUUGAAAACAGAUAUUACAAAAAUUCGUCGCACACCACGUUGGGAUAAUUCUGAAAAUGAAAAAGAUAUUUGGGAUUAUCAAAGUACAUGGGACAAAUAUGACUGGACUAAAGACUUGGAAUAA